AAAAGAUAAGGUUUUAAAAACUGAGCCACUAAAAUCGAGAGAGGCCGACAGUGAUCACUGGCUUUUUAUGGACUUGUUCAGAUUAAAUACAACAACAUACAAAGCAUUAAAACAUGUUAAAAACACAACAGCCUUAAUAAACUCAGAGUAGUUUGGACCGGGAUGCAGGGUUCAUACACCAUCAUUUAACAGCCGUUUAACAGCCUCGCACUUCCGGCCUGCGAAGGCCAUGUACUUCGAAGGAUGCGGCCCCUGAGUGGCCGUUCCACAUUUCCGCCUGUAGGUGGCGAUGAUGCAGCCGCAAGUUGGUUACCACACAAACCUCAAGAACUAAAGAAGAAAAUCACCGCCGGUCCACACUCCACACCAGUUGGUGGCGGUAAUGCACCAUUUUGCUGUUUGCCAACCGCCAAUAAACCCUAUACAGAAGAAGAAGAAGAUCACCGUGUACUGUUGUGUUUAGCAUUUCAGCGGUGUAGUUCUGAGGGUUUUUUUUCAAGGAUAUGGUGACUGUUACAGGGCCAUGGAUAGCUCGUACCGCUCAGACACUCCGGGCUAUAACAGCCGCUAUGUGCACUCGCCGUACAGUCACCCCGGGCUUCACGAAGCACGGGAGCCGGACCUCACGGCUCCACCGUGGACGCCUCCGCCGGCUUACGACGCUCGUCCCUUCGGUGUGGGUUUCACGGGGCCACCUUUUGCCCAGCCUUAUGGAUUUGACCCCUCUGUGCCCCCGCCUGGUUUCGGCUGCCCACCCCCCGGACACCUCCUGAACGUGGCACUCCCAAGCAUCCCCGGAGCCCCCCAGCAACUCCAAACACGGCCUCGCGCUCCCCGCUGUGACCGUGAGCUAGCGUCAGACCGCAGCCACACGGAGCACCGCGGCCCGGUAGCGACACAGGAUCCGGACGAUGAUGUGGCCCGGCAGAGGAAGCAGGACACGAAAUGGGUCAGACAGUUCUUACAGGCCACAGGGAAGAAGAGCUGCGGGAGGCUACAGAGCCAGCACCCGCCGCAACUGAGCUCCAUCUCCUCCCUCAGACAGGCUCUGUACGGGGCAGCUCAGCUCAUUUCACGGCUGGAAGACAUUUGUCACACUCUGACUCACUCUCUGCACGAUGACGGUGAGUGGACGCACUCAUAUUUAAGGGCUUUAGGCAUCAAGGCAGAGCUGGCGGACAAAGCCAGACUUCUCACCGACACCUCGCGAUUAGGUGAGCUGAAGGCUCAAGUGUCCCGGGCUAGUUGCAGGAGGCUCCGCAGACUGAGAGCCAGGAGAGAAGCGAAGGAGGAGGAGAAAGACGCGGAAGAGCGCAGGUCUCUCAAAGAGACCGCUGUAGACAAAUGGAGGAUGAAACUGAUGCAGGAAGUGGAGGAGAAGAAAAAGGAGAAGGAACUGAAGAUGGCUGCAGACUCUGUUCUUUGUGAAGUUAGGAAGAAGCAGGCCGAUGUGAAGAGGAUGCAGGACAUCCUGAGAUCCCUGGAGAAGCUGCGUAGGCUACGGAGAGAAGCGGUAUCCAAGAAAGGCAUCGUGACUGAGUUGCAGAGUGACGAGGUGUUCAGCAGCACACUGGAGCAGCUGAGAAUGGUGAUAAAGAGGAGGACUGUAGUUUACUCGGCAGAGGAGAAGGCCCUGAUGGUGAUGCUGGAAGGAGAGCAAGAGGAGGAGAGGAGGAGAGAGCGGGAGCGCCGAGUGAGGAAGGAGAGAGAGAGACAGCUGCAGAGGAAGCACAGAGUGGACUCCAUGCUGUUUGGAGAGGAGUUCCCAGGCGACUUUGGCCUGCAGCCCUUCAGAGACUAUUACAGCCAGGCGGAGCACUCGCUGCAUGCACUCAUCCACAUCAGAAAAGAAUGGGACACAUGUUUGGUGGCAGUAGAUCAUCCUGAUAGUUCAUCCGUUCCUCAGAGCUGGGUCCUGCCAAACCCCCCAUCAGACCAGGCCUGGGCCUCCACCCUGCAGACUACUGACACUGACUGUGAGAACCUCUGACUUGUCCUCGGCAUGCACAGUGCAGCAACCAGGUGACAGUGACAAAGAUGGCCGCAGCUUACCUGGAGUUUUCAACACGCUUCCAUCGACGUUUAGAUGAGAGGAGCAGCAGGUCUCUGAAUUUGAAACAGAUGUAAGCCUUCUUGGGACAACAGGAAGUGUUUUAUCUGUGUGAGGUGCAGCUGUGGAACAGCCCACAGUAUUGACUUAUGCCUGUUUUCUUUACUCAGUAAUAGUUUGUAUUUUACUCUGAUGAAUUUUCCGAAGACAAAAUAAAAUUAAGUGAAAAUGAAGUUGUCACGCAGUUUA